AUGCACCCGAAUCACUCCCAGAAGGUGCCUCUACUUCCGCUGCUGGCAGACGGUACACCAUAUGACCCACUCCAUGACGACGCUGCCGACCAUGACUUGCUCUACGACUCGAAGCAUCACUGGAGCUCGGCACCAUGGGCUCGACGUCUAGGGGGCCUCGCAGAUCCAUGUUCUUUUGGGCUCGUUCCAACGCUGGUCGGUCUGCCACUGCUCGUCUCGAUCUUUGCGCACAUCUACUUCCGCAUGUUCUCCACCCUACACAUCUUUCUCGCUCUCGUCUGGGUCGGUCUGCCCGUUGCGGCCAUCUCGACAUUGGCCGCCAUCGCGUCCAGAUACUACUCGAAAAGCACCGUACGCAGAGAUCACCUCAAGGCUGCCGUUCUUGUCACCCUUGUAUGCACUGUGGCUUGGAGGACGUCUAGCGUCAGUUCCUAUCGUGGCUUUUCCGAGCUGUCUGAUCUUACCACUUCCAACGAGACGGUCUUCCUCGCUGCCAAUUUGUACAACUCUGAACACCUCUUCCCUGCCUUUUCCGACUCACUGCUCGAGCUCGUCGACCACCUCGGCAACGACAAGGUCUACAUUUCGAUCUACGAGAGCAACUCGCAGGACUCGACAAAGCAGCUCCUCUCUUCACUCCAACACGAUCUUGAGCUUCGUGGCAUCCAGAACAGCAUUCGCAUGCUCGACAACAACCGCAGGCAGGAUAUGGACCGCAUCGAACGGCUUGCCAUCAUCCGCAACGAAGCUUUGAAUCCGAUUCAGGCGGGUGUACACGGCCUGCAUGGUCGCACCUUUUCCAAGCUCAUCUGGCUCAACGACAUCUUCUUCCGCCCCGAAUCCGUCCUCGAGCUGCUUUCGACGAAUCAAGGGCGCUUUGAUCAAGUCUGCGCGCUAGACUACUUUCCCCUGGGCUUCUACGAUACCUGGGUGAUGCGCGAUGUGCAAGGCGAGCGUCCCACCCCGCUGUGGCCCUAUUUCAAGCAAGAGGCCGACAUUGAUGCGUUGCGCAAGGGCGACAUAAUCCCUGUCAACGCCUGCUGGAAUGGAAUGACCAUCUUUGAUGCCAAAUGGUUCCUCCCCACCAACGUCGAUGGCGCUCGAAAUGCAAGCGCACAACCUGGUGUCGACGAUGGACCCAUUCGCUUCCGCACACAUCCGCAGUGCUUGGCCUCGGAAUGCAUGCUUCCUAGCUACGACAUCCACGUGCGCAGCAAGCAACGCCCGCUCAUCUUUGUCAACCCCAGAGCGGUGGCCACGUACCAGUGGCGGGAGUACAUCAUGUACGACUGCAUCAUGCGCUCCAACAUUGUGAGCCUCUGGAGUCGCAUCUGGCAAGACUUGGUCAGUCACCAGCUCUUCGGCUUCUUGGUCGAGACCGGACGCAAGAAGGACGACUGCGCUGAAACGCUACGAAGCGGCUGGAAGAAGCUUGCAUGA